CUCCUCCCCCUCCGCUCUCCCGGCCUCCUCUCUAUGGUGCGGGGCGGCGCGGUCACGUGGCUCGCGCAGGCCGGAAGGAGCCGGGCAGCGGCGGCUAAAUGAAGCGGGGGGUCGGACGGGGCGGCGCGGCUCGGCCCGCUUGAAACCAGCCAAAAAUUUACCUUGCUCUCAGGCUACCAGAAGACAAGUUAACCGCCUGCAGGCAGAAAGUGAGGACUGAAGCUCUUCUGUCAGCGUAGGUUGAAGAGUGCAAGUUCCUUUCUAGAUGGACCAGACUUGCCAAUGGAGAAUGCCAUCUUCACAGUAGUCUUACGGCUUAUCAAUUGCUUUCGGAUUUGAACAGCAGUGGUUUAGUUGGCAUUGGGCAAAGCACCAGUUCCUCUUGCUAGCCUGACUGCCAUGCCUGGGCAUUGAUGCUUCUGGGUGCAGCUGUUUAAAAUGGCAGAGAGAGGUGGGAAUGAAGAGGUAAUUCACUUGAACAGCUUCCGUAGCCACAGAGGGAAAGACUGGAUAAACCACAGAGACGAAGGUCUUAUCACAAUAUCGGAUUCCUCGGAUGAAGAAUUACCUUUGUUGCUGGAAACGCCGGCCCAGCAGCGGCGCGAGGAAGAUGACGAUGAUGUAGUCAUCUUGGCAGAGACCCCAAAGCAUCAGCAGCUUCUGCGUCCUAAUGUCAUCAGACCUGCUGCUCAGUGGCAGGGUGCAAACACUAUAGGAGAAGGAGGAUCUAAAGGUGCCGUAGGGCCCUUGAGGAGCAUAUAUCUGCAAGAUGAGAUCUCAACUCUGCUGUGCCAGAGAGACCGGUAUAAUCGUAUGGUGGAGAGCAGUGCUGGACCAAGCAGGGAUGAGAACAUGAACCUUGCCUUGCAGCAGCCUGGACCCUCUGAGCCUAAUGGCCCCAGAUUUGAAAUUAGGAGCAACCAGGAGCCUGGACCCAGUUUGUUUCCAGCAAUAAAGACAAGUCCGCAGCUUGUUAACAGGGGUGUCAUUAAUCUGGAGAAAGCAGAUUUUCCACCACAAGCGAAGGAAAAGGUGGAAGCCCAGGGCUGGCAAGGAGAGGACUUGGAGCCAGAGCCCUUACAGAACCUCAGAGGAACAGCUGCUGCCGCCCCCGUGGGUGGGCAGGUGAUCCAAGAGAACAGCCAGGUGGAUCACCCACAUGUCCAGCCAUCGGAAAGCAAGCCGCAUGCUGUAGUAAAUGGCUGUGCUCCUCAGCAAGGCCAGCCGGAAGCAGACCCAGGAUCUCUGAGGGCUUAUGGAGAGGAGGCUCCUGGGCCAGCCUUCCCUAGACCUGAACCACAGCAGGAUGGGAUUCCAGGUCCUGCUUCGCCCCAGCCAGCUCAUCCACCAGAAGAAACGAGAGGUCAGCAGGCAGCAAUGGACAAUGAACAGCCAGGCCCGGCAUUCCCAGGGCAGGACUCGCAUGAACUUGGCUCUAGUAAUGUGCCAGAACAAGGAGCUGCUGGGCAGGAGCAAGACCUCACUGCACUGCUCAUCAGAGAGACGGAAGCAAGAUUCCCUGAUGUGAAGAAGGAAUAUAUUGAAGAGCUAAUCAGCAUCAAGAACUGCUAUGACUUAAAUGUACUUUGUAACUUUCUCCUGGAAAAUCCAGAUUACCCAAAGAAGGAAGGCAGAGUGGUUUUAAAUCCCAGCAGCAGCCUGCUUGCCAGCCAAGAUGAGACAAAGGUGCCUAAAGUGGACUACUUUGACUUUUCCAAACUUGCCCCACUUGAUCAGCGGUGCUUUAUUCAAGCAGCUGACCUCCUUAUGGCAGACUUCAAAAUGCUGAGCAGUCAGGACAUUAAGUGGGCACUGCACGAACUCAAAGGACACUAUGCAAUCACGCGAAAGGCCUUUUCUGAUGCCAUCAAGAAAUGGCAGGAGCUGUCUCCAGAAACCAGUGGGAAAAGAAAAAGGAGGAAAGAAAUGAAUCAGUUUUCAUAUAUAGAUUUCAAAUUUGAGCAAGGUGAUGUGAAAAUUGAGAAGCGGAUGUUCUUCCUGGAGAAUAAGAGACGGCACUGGAGGUCCUAUGACCGGCUCUCACUUCUCCCACCGGUGCUCCUAGAACAGGAAUUCUAUGAGCAGAAAGUUAAAGAGAUGGCAGAGCAUGCAGAUUUUCUCCUUGCUCUGCAGAUGAACGAGGAGCAGUAUCAGAAGGAUGGUCAGAUGAUAGAGUGCCGCUGCUGUUACGGGGAGUUUGCAUUUGAAGAGCUAACGCAGUGUGCAGACGGUCACUUGUUCUGCAAGGAGUGCCUAAUUAAAUAUGCUCAGGAGGCAGUCUUUGGCUCUGGGAAGUCAGAGCUCAGCUGCAUGGAAGGGAGUUGCACGUGUUCAUUCCCCACCAGCGAGCUGGAGAAGGUGCUUCCAGAGAACAUCCUUUGUAAAUACUAUGAGCGGAAAGCUGAGGAGGAGGUGGCUGCUGCCUGUGCAGAUGAGCUUGUCAGGUGUCCAUUCUGUAACUUCCCUGCUCUACUGGACAAUGAUGUGAAGCGGUUCAGCUGUCCUAAUCCCCGCUGCAGAAAGGAAACUUGUCGAAAGUGUCAGGGGCUGUGGAAGGAGCACAUGAACCUCACCUGUGAGCAACUGGCUGAGAAAGAUGACAUCAAAUACAGGACAUCUAUAGAAGAAAAAAUGACAGCCGCCCGAAUUAGAAAAUGCCACAAGUGUGGGACUGGCCUAAUUAAAUCGGAGGGUUGCAACCGCAUGUCCUGUCGCUGCGGUGCUCAGAUGUGCUACCUCUGCCGAGCUGCCAUUAACGGGUAUGACCACUUCUGCCAACACCCCCGGUCGCCCGGGGCACCCUGCCAGGACUGUGCAAAGUGCUCUCUCUGGACAGAUCCCACGGAAGAUGAUGAGAAGAUAAUCCAAGAGAUUCAGAAAGAGGCUGAAGAGGAGCAAAGGAAGAAAAAUGGAGAGAACAGUUUCAAGCGGAUCGGCCCUCCUGUGGAAAAGCCCAUGGAGAAGAUCCAGAGAGUUGAAGUCAUCCCCAGACCUGUUCCUCAGAACCUCCACCAGCCCCGAAUGCCUCCUUACCCCUUCGUGCACCCUCCCUUCCCGCUGCCUCCUGUCCGUCCCAUGUACAAUAACAUCCCCCUCAACAUAGGGCCCAUCCCUGCUCCCUACGUGCCCCCCUUGCCUAACAUGAGGGUGAACUAUGAUUUUCCCCAGAUCAACGUUCAGCUGGAGCACAACUUGCCUAUGCACUUUGGUCCUCAGCCUCGACACCGGUUCUGACCUGGUUCAAAUAGCACUCGGAGUAGAGUCACUGCAGGGCAAAGCCACCCCCGUAAUCCCAGCCCUCUUCCUGCUUCGGCCACUCUCGUUUUAGCCAGCUGCAAGGGGAACUGCUCCGUCUCACACGUACCUGCACUGCACCCGUAUCUGUAGCUCCUCUGAACCUUUGCAGUCAAACAUUUUGACCUGUGCUGGAACAGGGCUUGGUGCUGCAUUUCCAAGGGUCUCUUCCUAUGCUGGGCAUCCAGAUGCUUUGAUUUGGCAAAGACUGUUCAGCCAGCUGCUGAGGGGAAAGCGGCGUUUGCGGAGCGCAGGGACGCAGCGGUUCCUUGGGGGCGGCACGGCUUUCUAAAAAUCCCGCCUUCCUGUCGGUUAGAGCAGCUGCCCACGCAGUCAAGGCUGAGUCUUGGGAAAGGGAGGGGAGACUUGGCAUCUGAAUAAGACCUUCAGUAACGAAAUACUAGGACUUGGCUGCCCCAGCCUUCCGCCUGGGAAGCGGCAUGAGGCUGGGGGUCAGAGAUGGUGAUAUUUCCAUGCUUUCCAGUAUCCCUGUACCCUGCUAUCAUUCCCCAGCAGAAAGAAGUGUUGAAAACAACUAAAUCUAGCAUAUUUGGCAUUUAUCAUCCUGCAAGGGGAGUCAUGGGAUGCAGAAGGCAUCUCGUUGCCAGGUACUGCUCAGAUCGCGGUAGGAGGCCCAGAGCCAUGUUCUCUCUCAGGGCUUUAAGAAGUAACAGAAGACUCAGCACCUUAAUUUUGGGGAACUGAAAUUGCCCCCUUCAAAGAACUCAGUUUUUUUCCCAGAGGUGGGUUCCUCUCAGCUUCCAAAAUGUGGCCUUAGGGUUUGUUCUGAUCUGGGCAUCCCAAAUCCCCGUCUGCUUCUGGCAGCAGUCAUCAAGCAGUUGGUAGAAGCCCCCGGAGCACAAGUGGCAUACUUCAUUACAAAACUGCUUGGGCAGAUACCCAGUUAGAUGCGUAACCAGUUGUGUGUGCUGUGUGUGCUGUUGCAUAAAAAUUAGUAACUACCUGUGUAGUUAUGCACGCGGGCAGCUGUAAGCCUAGAGCCCUCCGUUAGUUAAAAUCACUGCAGUCGAACAGGCGACUGUUGUCUUGUGCUGUAGGAAGCUGGCUGCUUCCCGAAUGCUUAAUAACUUCUGAAAAUGUGUAUUUUGAUUUAAUUGGCUUCAGAAGACUGUUAAGGGCAAACAUAAGUAUUGCUGGGCUUAGGAAGUGAGGAUUAGGAAAGCGAAACUUCCUUGUAAGAAGCAGGGGGUGUAAUCGCUGCCUGCGCUUAGAGGAGGUGCUGGGCCUGGGAGAGGAGCGUUAAUGCAAAGCCCUUUCUGCGUAGGCUGUUACUGUGCUGUCCGGUACAGCCCCCCUUUCGGAGAGAAAAUGGUUGGAGGGAGAAAGCCUCCUCCCAGAAGUGCUGGACUAGUUUUCACCAGCCCAACUCUGCAGUGUUUUCCCCAAAUUGCUUGGUCUGCCCUGCAUCCUGCUCUUCCCUGCUGAGAGCCAGCUCAGCGCAUUCCCCCUGUGUUUUUUUUCCCCCCCUAUAUAUUAACAUCCAGGUGUCUAUUGGUUUUGUUUGUUUUUCAGGUAAAACUCCCUGCCUCUGCCUCGUGACUUCUGUCAAAUCCUCCCUAGCUCGCGCCUCUCCGUAACCACCGUGCUGCGUCCGCUUGGCUGCUGAGCAAGCGAUGAAGGGAGAGACGCGUUGCGGUGCCGUGGGCGGAGGACGGGGCGGAGGACGGGGCAGAGCCGGGCUGUCGGUGGGACAUCCCGGGAGAGGGGCCGGGGCAGCCUCCCUGCUGGCAGCGGGAUCAGAGCCUCCGGGACGGUUUCACAGAAGGGACGUCCCCGCUUUUUGGAGCGGGUGCAGCCAUCUCCCCGCUCCCAGACACUUCCUAUAGACUGAAACGCACCCGCGAAGCCGCCUGUUCCCCUUCCCCAGUACCGUCGUCUCUAGCAUUAAUAACCAAGUGGUUAUUCACUUGCUGCUAAUUUUUUUUUUUUUUUUAAUUUAUUUCUGGAAGUAGUCCAGGGACCGUAGUGGCUUCUCGAUUGCUGCUCAGCUGGGUCUUAGCCAGGUUUCAAUCCUACCUUAUACCAACUGCUUCGUGUAGUAGCCAGGAGCAGUGGUGUCACGUUGGAUUUAGGGUGGGCAGAGAUUUUACCCGGAGCUGUGGUCAGAGUGAGCAGGGUCGGCUUCCCAUCAGAGAAGGGGAAUCCUGUCCUUAAACAGCCAAGAUCUGGCAGGAUUAAGGGCUGGCUUGGACUGAGCUUUCCAGGCUCUGUCCCCGGCUGGGUGGCACUUGUGCUCCAGUGCCCGCCCGUGCAUACGUGGGUCAGGGGCCGCGGUGGGCUGAGAAGCCUGGGGGACAGCUUGGCUGCUCGGCUGGGAGCCCCGGCUGAAGCAAACCAGCCCAUGGAAGAAAAUUGGCCUCCCCAUCUCCGUCUUGCUCACGGAGUGGUCAUUGCUCACUGAAAUCCGCUGAUAAAGCAGGUACUAACCGUAGCACCCGGUGCUUUGUGGCGAGCGUGCGGCCGUGGCGGUGCUGCGUGGGGCCCCCUCCAUCCCGCGUAGCAGGCACGGUUGCUUUAAUGGCAGGGAAGACACCUCCCCCAAGGAAGUCAGCAAUGCCACGUCUUCCCGAGUCUCAGGCUGGUCUCCAUAGAUAACGUGCUGCUGUAAUGCAGGUCUGAGCUGGCAGCGAGGACAACCAGCUCUGUGCUUCCCUGCUUGUCUUGGCUGGUCAGACUUGACUUUAUCUGGUCUCUGGCUUACACAGAGGACCGAAGUGGGAGGCUGGUCUUGCACGGAGGAGCGGUUUCAUUGCACUGCCCCUUCUUGCAGUUAGUUUACUAGAGCACUAGUAAAAAUCAUGAUCUACUUCAACCUUGUGAUAUAUAUGUCUAUAGAUACCCAGCUAUGAAGAGUUGAGCCUUGGCAGAGAGAAGUGCAGAGAUGGAAGGAGGAGCAGCGGGUAGAGUUGCGAGGGAAGUGCCAUGUCCAGGUCUGCCUUCUGGCUGGGCUCAGCGCUGCUGCUUUGCUGGGUCUUCCCCCGGCCUCUGCCCACCCAGAGCCUUUGCAGAAGGUGAGUUCAGGUGCAGCAUCUCCAUACGAGCAAGUUCUGCUGCUGUGGAGCAGUGGCCAGGGUCCUGGGAGGGGCCUGUGCAGUUGGGAGAAACAUUUCCCCCCUAUCCUUUCAAAAUUAUGAGCUUAUCUGGCAUCUGAGAGAAGAGAAAUCCGUGCUUGGUCCCUUCAUGUCCUUUCCAGAGCUCCUGCCAGCCCAGAGAGAUCUGCUUGGCUCCCCGUGCAGCCCAUGGGCUGCCUUGGGGCCCCUGCUGUAUCUGUCAGUGCUUCUCUUGCCAAGAAAAUACUCAAAAAUAGUCAAAUUGUCAAAAGCUUUGGCUAAAAAUUACCCCGUGGCCAAAGGAGAGUGUGGCUGCUCCUUCCUGCUAGCGCGAGAGGCUCUGAGCAGUUGUGGGCUCUGGUACUGGUUGGGUUCAUGUUGACGUGUAAAAAAACAACACUCUUCCUGCACAACCAACAGAAAAAAAAAUAUGUUUUGGACUCUACAUCCCAACCCCUCUUCUACCCUGCAGCCCUUCGUUAGAUCCGUUGCCUGUUGAAGGGGGACAGGGAGGUUGCUGUGCCCAGGUAGAUCUUAUAACAGGUACUUAAUGUGGUUAUUUGCAGUGUCCCAUUUUACUUGCCUUAAAGGUGGAGAGAGAAACUUAGUAUUUGCACUUAGCAAAACAUUAUAUUAAAAGAAAAGAAACCCUGUAAAGAUGUGCAUGUUCUGCAACUUUGUAUAACAAUAGCCGGAAAUAAAUAGGUGGUUUAUUAAAAAAAUAUUUUUCUUUACCUUCUGGUAGUAAACUGUUCUAAUAUUCAGUGUGUAAAAAGUUCCUGUAUUAUAUUGUAAUUUGAAUUUUUGUAAAUAAAUUUGUGCACUCUGGCUUUCA